UGGAAACUUUCGGACGGUCUUUUCACUCAGACUGGAAAUGAGGAAGUUUCGUUUAUCAAACAUUCAGUGAAGGGAAAAAAUAAAGACAGCAAUCAAUCAUGUCUGUUAUCGAGAAGAUGUCCAUUUUGGGCAUUAGAAGUUUUGGACCGGAAGAUAGUAAUCGGCAAGUCAUUGAAUUUUUCAAACCCUUGACUUUGAUUCUUGGAGCAAAUGGCUGUGGAAAAACGACAAUAAUUGAAUGUUUGCGCUACAUGGCAACAGGGGAUACACCUCCUAACAGUGACAGAGGAGGAUCAUUUGUUCAUGAUCCAAAGUUAGCUGGAGAAACCGAAGUUAAAGGGCAAAUAAAAUUACAGUUCAGAGAUGUUCUUGGAAAGAAAGUCAUUGCUACUCGUUCUCUUAUGGUAACUCAAUCUGUAAAAAAACUUACUUUGAAGACUCUUGAAGGCAAUAUAACUCGCUAUGGAUCAAAUAAUGAAAAAAAGACUCUUAGCACCAAAUGUGCAGAAAUAGAUGCUGAGAUGAUAGGAGCUCUGGGUGUCUCUAAAGCAAUAUUAAAUUAUGUGAUUUUCUGUCAUCAGGAAGAAUCAAAUUGGCCUUUGAGUGAAGGGAAAAGUUUAAAACAAAAAUUCGAUGAAAUAUUCGCAGCUACUCGUUACAUCAAAGCUUUAGAAGAGAUAAGAAAAAUAAGACUACAAAAAAUGAGCGAAAUAAAAAUAUAUGAAACAGAAGUAGUAUCUUUGAUGAAAAGCAAGCACAAAGCAGAAGAGUUCAAAGAAGAACUAGGAAAGACAGAGACUCGCCUUUCAGCCUGCAAAGAUAUCAUUAGCAGUAUCGAAGAUAAAUUAAAACCUAUUUCAGAGAAACUGAUGGAAAUAAAAAUAAAGCAGAAUGAAAUUGGAAGAUUACAGGCCUCACUUGAUAGCAACCAGGAUAUAAUUAAGAAGUAUGAAAAGGAUGAAAUGGACCUUAGAAAUUCGAUUCAGGAAAUGUUUCAGGGAAGUAAGGAAGAACUUGUGGAAGAAAUGCAAAAUUUUGAUUCUGUAAUGUCUGUUAAAAUGAAGAAACUUUGAUAAGCUUUUUUUUUAUAGAUUAAACAAGACAUUAUGAACCUCGAGAAAAAGCGUAGUGUAGACCUUAAAAUGAAAUCUCGCCUUUUAGAAGAAAUGGGUAAACUUAAAGCUGAUCAUGAUCGUCACAAAGAACUUCUGACGAUUCGAGAUUCUAAACUAAGAGUACUUAGGAAAAAAUUUGGGCUAGGUGACUUUGAUGAGGAUGAAGCUCUCGCAGAAUCUCAAAUUGAAAAUGUUUUGCGCAAUUUGAAACAGAGAAAUAAAGCUACACAAAAUGAGUUGGUCAAUUGUAAGACAAAACAUGAAACAAAUGAAAGCCGAAUUCAAAAUGACAUUGGGAAGACAAUUGAAGAAAAAGCACAAAAGCAGCAAAAACUUAGCAGCAGUAAUGAACAAAUUGCAAAGAACAAAACUGCUAUUCGUAAUAUUAAUGCAGAAUUAUCACACUUGGAUUCUUUAGCUUCUCGGCAAGAUGAUUUGGAAGAAGAUCUCAAAGAAGCGGAGGGAGAAUUAAAAAGUCUGGAAGGUAGCGUUAAUCUGGAAGACUUGAGAGAGCAGUUGUCCUCAAAACAGAAAAGGAAAGCUGAAAUGGAAUUGCAGUUAAGUGCUUUGAGCCAAGAAGUGAAUCAGUUAUUGAAGGAAAGCAAAGUUCGUAAUGAUAUUGACCUAGUAAAUAGAGAUAUUUCUUCUAAACAAGAUGCUGUAAGUAAAAUAAUUCAUAGGCACAAAGAAACUAUUGAACAUUUACUGCAUGAAAUGCCUGAACAUGACAUCCAUGAAAAAAUAUCGAAUUUAGUUAAUAAACUGAAUACUAAAGUUCAAGCAACCAAUAAAGAUAUUGAAAAGAAACGCUCCCAGUUGUCCUCUUUAGAAACUACGAAAAAAUACCAUGAGAGUAACUUACAGGCGAAAGAAAAAACCUUAUCAGAAUAUCAAACAAAAAUUUUUGAUGUUUGUGGAAGUCAAGAUUUUGACUGUGGGGUUGACAAUUUGAAAAGUCAGAUAAAAGAGCUACAAGAUGAGAAAGGUGCUUUGACUGGUAGUUUAUAUUUGUACAACAAAUAUGUUGAAAAGUUAGGUAAACCACGCCCAUGCUGUCCUUUAUGUUCGAGGAAUUUCCAAAGGGAUGAAGAAGCAGAAUCUUUAAUAAGUAAGCUACAAAGGAAGUUGCAAAAUGUUCCAACCGCAUUAGAAAACAAGUCCAAACUGAUAGCUGAGAAGGAAAAAAAUUUGAAUAAAAUGCUUGAACUGAAACCUCUAAAAGAAUUCGCUUAUAAUUUGACUGAGAAGGACAUUCCUGACCUUAAAAGCAAGAUUGAAAAUGCAGUGGUAGACAUCUCUAAAACAAAUUCCGAAAUUUCUCAAUUGGAAGAAAUAUUGGAUGAUUUAUCAAGUGAUCACAAGACUGCUUCCAGUAUUGUGCCAGAUUUAAUCAUCCUGGAUCAAAAUGAAAGAGAACUUAAUCGGCUUAAAGGAAGAUUAUCUGGUUUAAAGUCUCAAAUUGGAGGCAAAGAUACUUCCCGAACUGUCCAACAAGCCAGUGAUGAGCAAAAUGCCCUUCAAAGUAAAAUGAGAUCUGUAAAUCAGGAAGUUGAAACCACUCAGAAAGAAAUAAAUGAUUAUCGAGAGCAUUUACAAGAGGUAAGGGGAAGGAUAAAUGAUUUGAAAGCAAAGAAAAUCAAAAUGUCCAAUGAUUUACAAAAGAAAGAAUCCUUGGUGGAGCAACUUGAUACGUUAGGAAAAGAAAAUUCAUCUCUGAUGGACGUUGUUAAGGACGUGAAGUCUGAAAUUUCAUUAUUGAAGGCAAAGUUGGAUCAGUUAGGAAAGGAUAAAGAAGCUGCUACAAAAGUAAAAGAAACUGAGCUUGAAAUAAUCAGAACUAAGAUCAAAGAAGAAGACAAAGAGAUGGAAAACAUAAACCAAAUAUCAAAUGAAAUUAAUAAUUACAUACAUCAAGAUAAAGAAAAGAAAUUGAUGUUGCAUGAAGACAAAUUAAACAGCAUAUCAUCUGAAAUUGAAAUAAAAAAUGAUGAAAUUAACAAUUUAAAUGGAAAAGAAAAAGAGCUGAAUCAAGACAUUACUUCUCAGAAAGAAAAGUACAGAGAUUUGAAGGAUAACAUGCGAUUGAUGGAAGUAUUAGAAAAAAUCAGCAAACUACAUUCCAAAUGCCAAAAUAUUAAGGAGGAAAUUGGUGGCUAUAACAUUCGAACAUUAUUAAGCGAUGCUGAUAGAUUAGCUCGAGAAGAAAAGUCUUUAACAAAAGAGAAAGAUGAAUCUGCUGGACGAGAAAAUGCUCUUAGGGACCAGAUCAAGACUUUGAAGAAGCAUUUGCAAGAUGAUAUGUUUAAAGAUGCUGAUAAGAAGCAUAAUGAUAAAUGUAUUGAACUAAGGACUACACAGCUGGUGUGUGAUGACCUGAAUAAGUACUAUACAGCUUUGAAUAGAGCUAUUAUGAGUUAUCACAAAUUAAAAAUGAAUGAAAUCAAUAAGAUUAUCAAAGAUUUAUGGAUUAAAACUUAUGCAGGAAGUGACAUUGAUUAUAUUGAAAUUCAGUCUGAUGAAGAUGAAGGGGGUGGACUUGACAAAGCUAAGAGGCAGUACAAUUACAGAGUUGUUAUGUUUAAAGGUAAUACACCUACUGACAUGAGAGGACGGUGCAGUGCUGGGCAAAAGGUGCUUGCUUCUUUAAUUAUUCGAUUGGCUUUAGCAGAAACAUUUUGCCUGAAUUGUGGAAUAUUGGCUCUUGAUGAACCAACAACUAAUUUAGAUAAUGAAAACAUAUCAAAUCUUGCCCGAGCUCUUGUUGAAAUUGUGGUUUCACGUUCUGAGCAGCGUAAUUUUCAGCUUAUCAUAAUUACUCAUGAUCAAAGGUUUAUUGAACUUUUGGGACAAUCUGACACUGUAGAUUACUUUUAUAAAGUUUCCAAAGAUGACCAUGCCUACUCAAAAUUGACGAAAAUAUACAUAGGAGAAAUUAAUUGAAGCCAAAUGAAGUUGAGUUGUUACUAUACCAUUGUGAUUCCAAUUGUUAUUGUUACCUCAUUUUUUUAAUAAAAUUUCAAAAAUAUUUUUG